AUUUACCAACUUAAACUUGGAUCAACUGUCAGUAGUUGUGUUCUCCACGAAAACAGAGGAAUUUUCAUUGUCGUCAAAUACUCAUCAUUGGAUAUGGCAACUGGGGUGACGCAGGAUACGUCGAAAAUCAAAAUCUUCGUUUGCAUCGCUUGAUGUUUUUUCUGUGAACUGAUCCGGGAAAAAUAAGGGCGAAAAUGUCGAGCAAAACAGGUGCCGGAAACAUCAAGGUUGGGGUUCGUAUUCGGCCCAUGAUUGCUAGGGAGGAAAAUGAGCCUCUAAGAUGGAAAACCCAAGGGAAUAGGGUGUCCCGUUUUGAUGCCGAGUCGCAGCGACUGUGCAACCACUUGGAGUUCGAUCAUGUAUUUGAUGAACGUAUUAACAACACUGAGAUUUUUAAUCUGCUCGUCGAGCCUUUGGUGUUGAACGCUGUGAAGGGAUUUAACGCCACCAUUCUAGCAUAUGGGCAGACCUCGUCAGGAAAAACACAUACCAUGAUUGGCAGUGACACUGACAGGGGCAUUGUGCCCUUGACUAUGCAAAACAUAUUCACAGCCAUUGACAAUCUACCUGAGGAACGAAGCUUUCUUCUGGGAGUUUCCUUCCUGGAAGUAUAUAAUGAGAAAGUGCGAGAUUUGCUGAACCCUGAAAAAAGUGACCUGAAGGUGUUUGAAACCCCAGAUGGGAGCAUUUCAACCGACUGCCAUGUUGAAAUGGUAAACACGUCCACUCAGAUGAUUGAGCUGAUGGAUCAGGGAAAUAAGAACAAAUCAAUCGGCGAGACCAACAUGAACGACCGCAGCUCUAGAUCGCACACCAUAUUUCGCAUUAUGAUUGAGAGUCAAGAACAGCAGACCAACGAGGGAGUAGCUCGCGUUUCCCAGAUCAAUUUGGUUGAUCUUGCUGGCUCUGAAAGGGCCUCCCAGACGGGCGCCACUGGCCAGAGAUACAAGGAAGGCUGCGCGAUUAAUAGAUCGCUUCUACAGCUGGGAAAUGUGGUGCAGAAGCUCAGUGAGGAUAAGGGCGAGUUCAUUGAUUAUCGGAGCAGCAAGCUAACUCGCAUUUUGCAACCGUCGCUCUCGGGAAAUGCAAACAUUGUCAUGAUCUGCAACGUCACCCCCUACAGCGCCGACCAGACGGCCAACACUCUGCUUUUCGCAUCUCGAGCCAGCACAAUCAAGCUGGAUCCGCACCUGAACGAGAUCAUGGACGACGCCACUCUCCUGAAACGCCACACCAAGCGCAUUCAAGAGCUGGAAAAAAAUCUGCAGGAAGCGUCGCUGCUCAAGGAGAGAAAUCAGAAUUUAGAGAGGGAAAUCGAGAAGCUAAAAGACAUGCUGAUCGUUUCCAGUCUUCCCUCUUUCAAGCAUGACAGACAAAGAGCACUCAGACGCCAAACUUGGGGUGGUCCAACGCUAAAACUCAUGAUGGAAACUGCAGGAAAUGAGUUUGACUUGAUUCACUCAGGGCCUGCUACUGGAUCAACUCAUUCCAUUCCUGAUGCUAAGAAAGUGUCACUCCCUGAUAGCAUCACAACCAGAAGUGAUGACUUCAAUGACAGUGUGUGUAUGUCGAUUGACGAGUUUGACUGUAUUCCCCCAUUCAUCACUUCCAGAGGCGAGGAAACGCCAACCAAAUACAAAACUGAAAUUACCAACCUGAAACAGCAACUAGCUGAGAAGUCAGCUGCCACUCCAGUACUCAGAGGGCGCAUCGUCUUGCUUGAGGGAGAACUCGCUCAACAGCAGCACGCAAAUAUCAUGACAGUGGCUGAGCUUGAGAGCAAAAUGCAGCGUUUGGAAGUGGAAAAGGCCGAGAUAAAACCAGGCACUCCGAUUCCCAAGCUUAGAGAAAAGAUAAAAACGCUGGAGGAUAAGCUGGAGAUUGAACAUACUGUGCAUGUUCAGUACAAGCAAACGUUGGAGGAAAUGGAGAAGGAGCUUGCGUCAAAGACAGAGGCUCUGCAGCUGAAGUCAAAGGAGUACGAGGUCCUCUUCAAUGAGAAAUCUUCAUUAGUAGUUCCUGGCACCCCUGUGUCGGUUCUGCACGACAGAAUAAAACAGUUGCAGGAAAAGUCGAGCCAGCUUCCAGGAACACCGCCUGCUCUGUUGAAAAAGAAGAUCAAACAGCUGGAGGAUGAGUGCAAGUAUGUCGAGACGGAGUUGAGUGAACUGAGGGAGUUCACCACUUUGGAAAAGCAAAUCUACGACGACUGCAAAGUCAAGGAGCUGCGUGAAGAGACCAAUCAGCUCAAACUGUCCAUCCACGAUUAUGAACAGCUCUGUGCUGAUCUGCGAAAAGACCAUUCUAGUUUGACUCUCCACAAUGCAGAUCUGAAGGAUCAGAUUGAAGAACUUAACAAGUUAGUAGAAACUCUGACUAAGGAGCUUGAAACCAAUAAAAUGUGGAACUCCAAAGCGAACGAGCAGCAACUCAUUUGGAAGAGAGAUCUGGACCAGUGCCGCGAGCAAAUAACAGAGAUGAAAAACCGGUCGCAAGAUUGGAUAGACGAGAAGGAAAUUCUAAAAACUCGCUAUGAGUCCAAAAUAAAAGAGUUAACUGCUUCGCUGGAAGAAGCCUGGGCUGCACAGGAUGGAGGCAGCAGAAGAAAAAGCACCACGUCAGUUCUCUCUGUCAGCGACACUGGAGCAGACCUGAGCGCACUGCAAAAGAAGAUUUGCGAGUUGGAAGCAUCACUUGCUGAAGCACACUCAAAACUGGCUUCCAGUUCUGCAAAUUCAAGUUGCCAAACUGAACAUGACACUGAGGAGAUCGCUGUCAACAAAGAGCAGUUGCAGCUGAGGCUGAACCAAGCUGAAAACGAGCUGGCUUCUCUUAGAAGCAAGAGGUUGGCCGAGUCGAGCUCGCAGACUAACCACGAUGACGACAUUCCGUCCGACACUCAAGGAUUAAUGCCAGAGCUGGAGAAAAUUCUGGACGAGAAGAACAGCCUGGCAGAGCAACUGGAGAAGCUGAAUUCAGAACACGCGGAUUUGAAACUGAAUGUGGAGUCGAUCAUGCUGGAGUACGAGUCGAUGCAAGCUGAGGUGCAAGACCUGAGGGUUGAAAAAGAAAACGCACAUCAGGAGGCAAAGAAGGUUGCUUCGUUGAAUGAGGAAAUUAGAACAAUGCAAAGCAUACUUGCCUCAAAGGAUGAAGAAAUAAAGAAUCUCAAUAGACUGAGGAUAGAAUCCAGCAAAGCUGUCUCAUCUCUCAGGGCUGAAAGUGAGAGAGUCUCAACUGAGAAUGUGGAGUUGUUGAAACAAAUUGCCAGCUUGGAAAAGAGCAUUGUUGAUCAAGAGCGGCUGCAAGAGCAAAUCUUCUUUAUGACCCAAGAAAACGAACAAAAGCAGUUCCAACUAGAGUGCAAACAGGAGUCUCUGAACUUCAAUCUAACCGAAAUGGACCGCCUGAAAAACGAGCUCAGCCAUGCCAGGCUCAAUGCCUGCCAGCAACCUGACGUCUCUAUCAAUCUAAACAAGAAGAUUGCAGAUCUGGAGCUUGAGAAAGCAUCCGCAGAAGAGGCCAAGAAUGGUUUGGAACUGCAUGUGCGGUCUUUGCAGUGUCAAAUUUCUGCUUUGGAGAAAAAGAUUGAUUUUAAGGAGCUCGCCUCCAGAAAUGAAGAGGAUCGUCACAAUUUGUCUAUGCACAAUUAUGAGCUGUCACGAAGUCUUAACCAUAGCUCUGACAAAGGACACCAGCCAGGAUCAGUGGGCCAUCUCACCAAUCGUUCCCCUCAAAUACCACAAAUUGUAGAAGAGCUGAAGGAACAGAUGAAGAGGCUGGAAAGUGCUAAUGAAACGCUCAAGUCGGAGCUGAAUAACGUAACAAAAGAGAAGCUUGAGUUAUCCUCAUACACUCGGAGAAUUGAAGAGCUUGAUUCGUUUUUGGCCUUUAUUAAAAAUGAAGUGAAGCAACUGACUGGAGAAGCAGCCAAAUCUUCCAAUUUAAAGGAGCUUCAUUCAGAAUUAUUAAGCGCUUUCAUGAAGAAAUCACACAAAGUCUUUGCAGAUUUGAACGAUAAUAUCAGAGAGUUAGAGACAAAAUAUUGCAAUUGUCAGAGGCUACUGAAGGAACAAACCGAGAUUGCUAAAGCUUCCGAGAAUGAAAGGAGAGCUAUCCAAGACGCAUUUGCAGAACUUCGGGCGACCGUCACUACUUACGAAGAAAUCAUCGAUGACUACAAGGUGAAAGAAGCAAGGCAGACUGAAGAACUAGAGAACUGCCAAAAACUGAUGAUCGAAAUGCAAAGCAAGUUGGAUGAGAGUCACAACGACUCGAUGGUCACCCUGAGCAGCAAGGAGUUAGGUCUCACGUUGGAGCUGAACGAAGUCAAGGAGUGUCUUGAAAUGGCGGUUCAGGAGGAGAGACAAUUAAUAGCCAGAUUGGCGGAGAAGGAGCAAGAGCUUGUCUUGGCUCGGGAAAGCCAUCAAAAGCUGAAUGAGAAGAUCCAUAAACUGGAAACCAAUCUGCAAGGAACGCAAGCCGUGCUAGAAGAGACCAUGCAUAUCGCAGAGACGGCCAAAGAAAAAGAAUCUGAGCUGAUAGCGGAGCUCGCGUCUAACAGAGAGAAGGUAACAGAGCUGGAGCACGCACUUGACGUGACUGAAAAGAGCAGCUGCGCUGACAAGGCGCGAUGUGAGCAGCUGCAGGAGGAGAUCGAAACCUUGAAGGGAAAGCUCGCCGAAGCAGAAGAUCUCGAGCUGAAAAUGUCUGACGACAUCAUGGACAAGGUGAUGGAACUGGAAAGAAUGGCCGCCCUGAGUGAGGAAAUCACCAAGCUGAAAGCAAAAAUAUCUGAGUUGGAAGGUCUCUCGUCGAGUUCCACUGAGUUGGAAGUGCUGAGGCAGCGGGUGGAAGAACUCGCUCAAUUCGAGAGCAAAGCAGCUGAGGUCGACCAGCUGUUAGAAAAGAUCAAAGAACUUGAGGCCCUGAAACAGGAGGUGGAAGAAGUGCCCAGACUGAGAGUGCGCAUGGCGGAGCUGGAGGCUGAAAAAGCUGUGAUGCUGCAGCAGCUAAGUGGCAAGGAGUUGGAAUUGGAAGAGACAAAGUCUGAGGUGGAAAGGCUGCGUGGCGAAACUGCCCAAGUGGAGGAGCUGAAGAGCAAACUCUCUGUGCUGGACGAGUACCAACGGAAGGCUGAGCACCUGAAGGCCGAAGUGGCCAGUCUGAGCAAGACGGGCGAAGAGCUGCACGAAGUCAGAGGGAAGUUACACGAGAUGAAGAGCACGAUGGAGGCGCUGGAGGAGACGGCCGCCGAAGCCACUCGCCUCAGGGACCAGGUGGCAGAGCUGGAGGUGCAGUUGGAGGAAGCCAACAAGAACCUCGAAGCGCGCAUGACCUACGCCGCCAAAUUGGAGGAGGAGCUGGAGAAGGCAAAGUCGGUGACCAGUUUCCUGGAGAAGAGUGUCAACACCACGACUGAUCUGCAACUCACGCUGGAAGCCAGGGACAUGGAGCAGAUCCUGGCCCUCGAGAGUGCCAAUAUGAACAUCAAGUCUGAACUGCAGCAAGUGAUCAAGGAGCGGGAGUCUCUAGUCUCGGAAAGGUCCAGCUUGGAGGAGAAGGUGGUCGAGUUGGAGAACACCAUUUCGGAGCUGAAAGGCAAGUGCGGCAGUCUGCAAAGUGUGCUUGCUCAGCACACGGCCAAAGAAGCAAAGAUGCUGGAACAAAUCUCCUGCUUGCGAGCGGCGGCGGAGGAGCUGAGCAAGGAGAAGGACCGACUGCACGCCGAAUUGGAGGCGUUGAGAGUGGUCCAAGUGAAAGCCAAUGAUUCUGAACAGUUCUCAGCCGAGCUGGACGAGGUGAAAGCCAUUCUGCAGGAGAAGGACUCCGCGCUGCAGCACGCGCUGGAGAGCAAGCAGGCGAUCGAAGCUCUCUUCCAAUCGAAAUGCGAGGAAGUGAGGCUGACCGAGGAAAAGUAUUCAGCUCUGCUGGAGGAACACAGACUGUGCUGCUCUGAGCUGGAAGACGCCAGACGCGAGUUGGAGGUGGCCUGCGAGCAGAAGUCGCAGCUGCAGUCCAACCUGGAGAUGUACAAGGCCAACAUUGAACAGCUGAGAGGCUCUCUGGACGCCGCCGAGGCCGAGAAACAGCAGAACCGGGAGCAGCUGCAGGCUGACGCCAUCAGGCUGGACAACGAACGCUACGAAAUCGAGUUGCAGCUGCAAGAGAAGACGAGCCAGGUGUCCGACCUGGAGGCCAAGAUCACAAACACCAACACCAUCCUGAACAGGGUGGCCGGCGAGCGGGACGUGCUAUCCAUUAGGAUGCAGGAGAUGCGCGACAGCCUGGCCACCACCAGCCAGGAGCGAGACGAGCUGCGCGACAAGUGCAAGGAGAAUGACAGUGACUACGAGGAGCUGCUCUCUGCCUACAGGGAGAUGGAGUCCAAGAGCAAAAACUUCCAGGUGAUGUCCAUCCACCUGCGCGAAGAGAAGGCCGAGCUGACGGCCAGGCUGCAGAAACUGGAAGAGCAGGUUUCCUCGCUCAGCUCUGUGGACCACGCCUCGUGCCAGCAGAGCCUCAAGCAGAUGGAAGCCAAGGUGCAAGAGAAGCACAAUGAGCUGGUGACCGCCAAGCGGGAUCUGUCCAACGCCAAUGGAGAACUCAUCUACCUCAAGAUGAACAUGAAGCCGGAGCCGUCGGUCCUAGACCAUCCAAACUUCUUUAAAACCCAGAACGUCAAGCUUGAGAAGAAGGUCUCCUCGCUUCAGGAACAGGUGAACGAUUUGACCAUCCAAUUAACAGCAGCCAAAAUCAAAAAGGAGAGAGACCCUCUGCCCGUGAACUUCUGUCUGCGGUGUCUGCCCAAAGGCCUUCCCAUGGACUGCGCUGUCCAGGCAGUGGCUAACAUCCAAGAGGCCGCCGUCCAGGCGCCUCCAGACAACGACACCCUUUGCGACAGGAUUGACGGCUUCACGCCCACCAGCGCGAUCACAGAGGCCGCCCGUAUGUACGGAAUGAGGGACCAGAUCAAGGAUCUGGAGGUCCAAGUCGAGAACCUCCAGAGAGAUCGUAAAAUGUUCAAAGACGUCCUGCGCAGGCGAAUGGCCACGAUCAAAGCUCUUGAAUCUGAGCUCUCACAGAAGGAGCAGGAAAACAAGAAGAUGCAACCCGGCCAGGAAAACAAGCCUGGCGCGCCGCUCAUUUAUAAAAAUAAUUAGUCCCUUCUAGAAAACUGUCUCUCUCAAUUUGUAAAUUAUUAUUCUUGUUACAUCGAAUCUCUUCUCUGCCAAUCCUUGAAUUCAAUGCAUUUUUAAGCAAAAUAUCGAAUAGUUGUGUGUGUAUGUUAAUGAAAUAAUUUUACUACAAUUUUUGUACUCAGCAUUCUUGUUUUAUUGUACAUAGUAUUCUUGAUAUAAAUAAUAAUGUAUAAAAAUUGAACUUAAAACUA